AAAAAAAAAGAGGAAUGAGUGAACAAAGUGGGCUGGGUGGUGGUGGUGGUGGCGGCGGCAGCAGCAGUGAUGGCAUUUUGGUGAAUUCACGCUGAGUUGACUGUUCCUUGUGAGCAGCAGGGACCCCAGCGGCGCGACUAGAUCCAACACUGAGACGACAAGCGCUGAGGUCAGACACGGUUUUGUGGUUCAAGCUCGGAGGACGGCUGCUGAUCCUGCUGCAUCUCGGUGACCCCGAGCCGCUCGGAGAUGUCGGCUCUGAGGACGCUCGUUCUGCUGGGACUGAGCUGGACGAGUCAAGCUGUGUCCAGUGAUCCCUGGGGCCAGUGUCCAGUGAACCGAAAGUGUAAGGACAAGUUCGGCGACGGGACAUGUGACAAAGAAUGUAUGGAGCCCGAGUGUCUCAGAGACGGAUUCGACUGCCUCAAGGACAGGGGUCACUGCAAUCCGGCCCACAUCCUGUACUGCCGCGAUCAUUACGCGAACUCCCACUGCGAGCACGGUUGUGACAGCGCCCCCUGUGGGUGGGACGGCAGCGACUGCUUCAAACACCAGAGCCCCGUGUGGGCUAAAGGCACCCUGGCCCUCCAUGCCAACAUCCCGCACCAACACGGCUCCUUCUCCAACAGCUCCCUCCUCUGGGCACUCAGCGUCCUCCUCCAGUCGCCGCUCCAGCUAAGAGGCUCCGCCCCUCUCGCCGCCAACAAGAACUUAUUCGACUACGAUCCUCAGGAGCUCGCCAGCCUGCUGGCACAGACGCUGCCUGACGCAGACGGCUCCCUGCUUUUCCUCCAAGUGGACAACAGGCCAUGCUCCCGUUUGCCCUCUACCUGUUUCCCGUAUGCUACCGACGCUGCCAGUUUCCUAAACGCUGUCAGGCUGCUGAAGCCCAGCUCGCUCCCCACCCUCCCCGAGCUCAACGCCAUCAUCCGCAUUAGAGGCGUCCGAGAGGAAAUAGGAAGCAGGGAGGAGGAAACGGAGAAAGAGGAAGUCAAAGAGCCGACUCCUGCGUGGCUAUGGGCUGUGGUUGCCAUAGCAAUUGCCCUGUUGCUGCUGCUGCCCCUGCUGGUGUUCUUGACGGUGAGGAGGGUGAGGCGGCGGCGGGCGGAGAGGGACAGCAGCGACAGGGCGAGGCACCGAUCCAAAGACGCCAAAGACGCCAACGACGCCAAGGCCAAGGCCUGGAUAACGCACGCCGCCCACCAGGACCACCGGCUCCGGUCCAGCCGGGAGAAGGAGAAGAUCAGCUUGAGGAAAAAGAAGAAAGCCAAAGAGGCAGAGAAGAAGAGGAGGAGGGAGCCGCUGGGGGAGGACGCCAUCCGAAUGCGGCCUCUCAGAAGGGACCAGGAUGUGGGAAGUGACACAGACUUCACUCAGAGCUCCAUGGAGGACAUCAGUGUGAGAUGCACCAGGCGGCAGGAGGACGCCUCCAUCUGUGACCACAGGACCCCACAGGAGCAGAAACACUACCGACCCGGCGCCUCUCAGCCCCGCAGGGCCAUACAACCUCCACCUAGAGGAUGGGAGAGGAACGCCAUGCCUCCACCUCUACUAAGUCCUCCUCAGCAGUCUGCAGAGUGGUGCGGCCCGGACGGGUCUGUGGUCCUGAUCCGAGCGGUGCGUAGCGGCCUGGACAGAGUGGUGCUGGAGCUGCUGAGAGCAGGCGUCCCGGUCAACAACACAGAUCACACCGGGAGAUCAGCCCUGCACUGGGCAUGCUCAGUAAACCACCUCUCCCUAGCAAGGACCCUCAUUCGCUAUGGGGCGGCCGUGGACCUGCAAGACAACAAGGGCGAGACAGCGCUCUUCCUCUCUGCCCUCCACGGCUGCUACGACACCGCCCGGCUCCUCCUGCUCCACGGCGCCAACCUGGACCUCCACGACCGGAGAGGGCGUCGCCCCAUCGACGUGGCCAGGGAGGGCAUGCGUCACCAGGUGCUGGAGCUCCUCUUGGCUCACCAGAUCCAGAGGGCUCCCGUCACCGUGGACUCGUCCGGCGAGAUGAUGUGGGACGAGCGCGCCCUCAUGUACUCGCCGUGGGUCGCCUCUCAGGGCCUGCCCGGGAGAAGCGCCUCGUUCUCGGGGACCAUAGCACAUCGAGAUAUGACUCCACCUCCACAAAAUGACUGGUCGAUGGGGCGCGUGCAGUACCCCUCCCCUCAGAACUGGCGCCCGCAGCUCAACCAGUCGGCAACAGCCCUGGUUCCCCCGAGAGUCAUGGGCCGCUCCCCUCGGCCGAUCACCACCUUGCAGGAGGUGACCUCGGAAGACGAGGACCGCGACAGGAGCCAGGACGUCCCCAGAGCCGCGACGCCUCACUUCCUGUCGCCCCAGCCCGCCCCCCGCCAGCGGUCCUUCUCCUGCACCCAGCACGCCCUGCAGCGCCGCUCCAGCGCCCACCAGCCGGAGCCCAACUACUUGAUCGUGACGGACAGAACGGCCGGCGAGCCCGUGGAGAGGGUCGUCGUUUCGCCUCCCUCCCCGGAGCGCCCGCCGGCUCCGAACGCGGAGCAGCAGGCAGCGGUGAGUUCAACGCACGUGGAGCACAAACCCAGAGGUGAGAGGUCAAACAACGCGGCCGACUCCACACAGACUGCCCUGUAGGGAAAAACAGGCCGUGACAUUUCGUCUGCCUUUCUGUUCGGCCCUUCAGAAGAGGACGGAAAAACCUGGAGAAGGUUUUUGGGGCCCUUCAGAAUUUUCCACAUUUCUGCAUAAAAAUCAAAACAUCCUGAAAGUCAAACACACGUGUGUUUGUUUAGUCAGGAAAGCGAACCAAUAUUACAUAUCAGUGACGUGCAUCUGUAGGAUUAAAUUCAGUUUAAAGUCAUUUUUUAUGCACAAAUAAUGGAAAUUGUGAAGGGCGCAAAUACUUUUAAGUGUCUCUGCAUGAUUGAGUUUCAGUUUGGUUUUUCCAUUGACUUUCACUAAAUUCACCAGAGGCCUGAAUCUAGAUCGAUUGUAAUUUUAGGAACCCAGACAGAUUUUCUCUUUAGAUCACUUUAUUUUUUUUCCACUCCAGCCGCUGAAGAUGUUCCUUCUCUAAUCACUUCCCCGCUUUUUUUUCUCUGCCUCGCAUAAAUUAUUAUUUCUCGGUCUUCUUUUCCAGAGAGGAGGAUAUUGUUGUAAAUUUCUUGUUACAGUCAAAUAAAACUGUGAUGUAUAUGAUGAUGAACUGUGUUGCAAAGGCUUGUGUUCUGAUUCCUGCAAAAAAAUAAAAAAUAAUAAAAGAUGUCAGAAUCUGCUGAUGCGUGCAAUAAA